AUGGAUUCCUCCCGUGGCCCUCCAAGGGUCAAGAACAAGGCCGCCGCGCCCCAGCAGAUCUCUGCUGAACAGCUCCUUCGCGAAGCCGUUGACCGUCAGGAGCCCUCAUUGCAAGCCCCAACACAACGGUUUGCAGAUCUUGAAGAGCUCCAUGAGUACCAGGGCCGCAAACGCAAGGAAUUCGAAGACUAUGUUCGCCGCAACCGGAUUAACAUGAACAACUGGAUGAAGUACGCUCAAUGGGAGCUGGAGCAGAAGGAAUUUCGCCGUGCAAGGUCGAUAUUCGAGCGUGCGCUGGACGUUGACUCUACAUCGGUCGUGCUUUGGAUACGGUAUACAGAGGCGGAGAUGAAGAAUCGCAAUAUCAACCAUGCCAGGAACUUGUUUGACCGGGCCGUCACCAUUUUGCCGCGCGUGGAUAAGCUGUGGUAUAAAUACGUGUACAUGGAGGAGAUGCUGGGGAAUAUCGCGGGUACUCGACAGGUGUUUGAGCGGUGGAUGUCAUGGGAGCCAGAUGAGGGGGCUUGGAAUGCCUACAUUAAGCUGGAAAAACGGUACAACGAGUUGGACCGUGCAAGGGCGAUCUUCCAGCGGUUCAUUACCGUUCACCCGGAGACGAAGAACUGGAUAAAAUGGGCGCGGUUUGAAGAAGAGAAUUCCACUAGUGACAUGGUCAGAGAGGUCUAUGGGACUGCGGUCGAGACGCUCGGGACAGACUUUAUGGAUGAAAGGCUCUUCAUAGCCUAUGCGCGGUACGAGACCAAGUUGAAAGAGUACGAACGUGCCAGGGCUAUCUACAAAUUCGCUCUCGACAGACUACCCCGGUCAAAGUCUGCCGCCCUGCAGAGCGCUUACACCGUGUUUGAGAAACAGUUUGGUGACCGUGUCGGCGUCGAGGACGUGAUCCUAUCUAAGCGGAGGGUCCAGUAUGAGGAACAGAUCAAAGAGAACCCAAAGAACUAUGAUCUGUGGUUUGACCUAACCCGUCUGGAAGAGACGUCCGGUGACGUGGACCGUAUUCGAGAGACGUACGAACGAGCGAUUGCUCAGAUCCCACCGUCGCAGGAGAAACGGCACUGGCGACGCUACAUCUACCUCUGGAUAUUCUACGCCGUGUGGGAGGAGAUGGAGAACCAAGAUAUCGAGCGCGCACGGCAGAUAUACACAGAAUGCCUAAAGCUCAUCCCACACAAGAAGUUUACUUUUGCCAAGAUCUGGCUAAUGAAAGCUCAGUUUGAGAUAAGGCAGCUUGACCUGGUGCUGGCCCGGAAGACGCUGGGACAGGCCAUCGGGAUGUGCCCCAAGGACAAACUAUUCCGGGGUUACAUUGACAUUGAGCGUAAACUUUUUGAAUUUUCACGGUGCCGGACCCUAUUCGAGAAACAAAUUGAGUGGAAUCCAUCGCAGAGUGAAUCAUGGAUCAAGUUUGCAGAGCUAGAAAGGGGUCUCGAUGAUGUGGAGCGUGCCAGAGCUAUUUAUGAACUCGGUAUCAACCAGACGGCACUUGACAUGCCGGAGCUGCUGUGGAAAGCCUACAUCGAUUUUGAGGAGUACGAGGAAGAGUACGACCGCACCAGGAGCCUGUACGAGCGACUGCUGAAGAAGACAGACCACGUGAAGGUCUGGAUCAACUAUGCACGAUUCGAGAUCAAUGUACCUGAGGGCGACGAGGAAGAGGAUGAGAACGAAGAGCGGCCGGUGUCUGAAGAAGCGAAGAGCCGAGCUAGGAAGGUCUUCGAGCGGGCGAAUCGUGUGAUGAAGGAUAAGGACAUGAGAGAAGAGCGCGUUGCGCUUCUCAAUGCAUGGAAGUCGUUUGAGCACACGCAUGGAUCCCCGGACGACAUCAGCAGGAUAGAGAAACAGAUGCCCAGGAAGGUAAAGAAGAAGCGCAAGGUAGACGACGACAGGUUCGAGGAGUACAUCGACUACAUCUUCCCUGCAGACGACGAGUCGACCGCCAUGAUAUCGAACCUGUUGUCAACAGCACGGCGAUGGAAAGAGCAGCAGCAGCAGCAAACCCGGGAAGCCCAGAGUUAG